AUGAAGUUCUCCACCACCCUCCUCUUUAUUGCCCCCUUGACUGCCUUGGCAGCUGAGACAUUCGGUGCCCACGGUGGUGCGGUGGCUCAGGCUGGCGCCAAAGCUUCCCAGCGCAACGAGGAGUCUACUUCCUUCAGUCCUGCCCAGGACGACGCCAAAGCCUACAAGCGCGGUCAAGACGACGCAAAGGCGUACAAGCGCGGCCAGGAUGAUGCCAAGGCUUACAAGCGUGGUCAAGACGACGCAAAAGCCUACAAGAGAGGCCAGGAUGACGCUAAAGCCUACAAGCGCGGUCAGGACGAUGCCAAAGCCUACAAGCGUGGUCAAGACGACGCCAAGGCUUAUAAGAGAGGCCAGGAUGACGCGAAGGCUUAUAAGCGUGGUCAGGAUGAUGCCAAGGCGUACAAGCGCGGCCAGGACGAUGCCAAGGCUUAUAAGAGAGGCCAGGAUGAUGCUAAGGCCUACAAGCUUUUGUGA